AUGGCAAGAAAAGGAGAGUCGGAUGAAGAAGCCCUAGAGCUUAUCAAUACCCCAAUUGGCCUGCAGACCAUCAACUCUCCCAUAGCCCCACAACCCGUCAACUCCCAAGUUGGCCCGCAGCUCAUCAACUGCCCCCACUGGCCCAUAGCUCACCAACUCCCCGCAAUGUCUCACUGCUCAUCAACAAUAUCCCACAGCUCAUCAACUCCCUCUACUGUCUCACAGCUCAUCAACUGCCCCCAAUGUCCCACAGCUCAUCAACUCCCCUAUUGGCCAGCAGCUCAUCAACUCCUCCCCCCUCCCCCCCGCCUCAAAGCUCAUCAAGUUCCCCACUGUCCCACAGCUCAUCAACUCCCCCCCCCUGCCUCAAAAGCUCAUCAACUUCCCCACUGUCCCCACAGCUCAUCAACUCCUCUAUUGGCCAGCAGCUCAUCAACUUCCCCCACACCCCCUGUCCCAAAGCUCAUCAACUUCCCCACUGUUCCACAGCUCAUCCACUUCUGUAUAAGCACACAGCUCAUCAACUCCCCCACUGUCUCACACCUCAUCAAGCUCAUCAACUUCCCCCACUGUCCCACAGCUCAUCAACAACCCCAUUUGCCGACAGCUCAUUCACUUCCGCAAAGGCACACAGCUCAUCAACUCCCCCACAGCUCAUCAACUCCCCCACAGCUCAUCAACUUCCCCACAGCUCAUCAACUCCCCCACAGCUCAUCAACUCCCCCACAGCUCAUCAACUCCCCACAGCUCAUCAACUCGCCCACUCACAGCUCCACUCCCACCAAUGGCCCACAGCUCAUCAACACCACUAUUUACCAACAACUCAUCCACUUCCCCAUAGGCACACAGCUCAUCAACGUCUUCAUGAAAUUCCACUGA